AUGCGGCAAGCCGUUGCUGGCAUGACAGCGAACAGAGAUGAGAUGAGCUCGAGUGAGUAUCAACACAGCUCCUUCACCAUCACCUCUGGAAACUUGGAAGAAGUCUUCUUCGAAUCUAAGCCCUCUUUUCUAUCUCAUUUGUCUUUCUCAAAGACUUGGAGGCACUCAAAACCAUGUUGCAGUGGUUGCGAUAUCCCAAGCCUCUUCUCUCUCACAUCUUGUGGUAGCCCAGCUUCUUACCGGAUUUACUUCGGAUCUUGCAGCUCCGAGCUGCGGGCAAAAAGCCAGAGCUACCAUCACCGCACCACCGAAUCCAUCACCCACUAA